AUGGCGGCGGAAUUUCCGCAUGCAGAGCCCUCGUCGGGGCUGCAAUUGGGCCCGGCGCGGCAGAGGAAUCCAGGCGACGUCGACGGGAGACAACCGCACGUCGACCCAGUCACGUUGGGGUUUGCGCAGUUGAACGCGCGAUUUGAUAAGAUGGAUCGUCGGGUCGACAACUUGGAACGUCGACCGACGCCGCAGGCAGAGGGCCUUGAUCCCGAUUGGGAUGAAGCCGACCACGCGUGGGAGGAUCACCGCGGGAAUGGUCGGAGCGGCCGUGAGGAGUAUGACCUUCCCUACCGCCAGCAGGGUCGGGGUCGUGGUCGCCCUAAUCGGGGUGGCCGCGGAGAUCGUUUUGGGGAGGGAGCGCUUCCAGGCCGAGGAAACCGCCCUGGUCAGCGUCGGGGCGACGCAGCGUACAGAACGGGUCGCCGUAGGGAUAAUUGGGACCUACCGCAGAGACACGAGGAUUGGGACGAUGAGGGGUACGAGGAGCGCGGGCUAAACUGUUGGGACCCACCCCACAAUCGGGAACGUCUUCCCCGCCAAGGGUCGGAUUCCUCAUCCGGCGUGAAGAUGGAUGCGCCACAAUUUAAUGGGGCAGACGCACCGAAUUGGAUCUCUCGCGUGCAAUACUAUUUUGAUCACAAGCGGAUUCCGGAGGCUGAACGCUUACACUAUGUAGUCAUGCUAUUCGACCCCCCUGCUUCGGAAUGGAUAUUCAAUUAUCGUGAGACGAAUGGAUUGGUGACGUGGCCAGAUUUUUUGGACGAUGUUAGGCAUCGUUUUGAUCCCCAGAGCUUCAGGAAUUACACAGGUUUGAUCGCCAAGCUAGUUCAGACGACCACCGUGGCUGACUAUCAAGCGACGUUCGAACGCUAUCUCAAUAGGGUGACCGAUUUAUCGGAAUCGGCAUUGAUUCCAAUCUUUAUUCAAGGAUUGAAGCAGCCGCUGCAAGAAAAGGUUGAAUUGCAGAACCCAGAGUCGCUAGCAGAGGCAAUGGCAUUGGCAUUGCGUUUGGCCGCAACACACGAGGAACGACCGCAGCACACGUCGUCAUAUCAACGUCGACCGUGGCCUAGCAAGGAUCAACGGGUCACCACGGCCCCUGUUUCUAACCAGGCCGCCGUGCCCCAUCUACAGGAGUCGGUGGUCCGGGAGGCGGACAAAUCACGAACGUUCCCGGUUAGAGUGUCGAAUGCAGAAAAAUCGGAGCGAGCCCGCCGAGGGCUCUGUUAUCACUGCCCCGAGAAAUGGGUCGCAGGCCACGUGUGUAAAGUCAAGUUACUGUGCUAUAUGGAUGACGACGUGGAUGAACCGCAUGAUGCAGGGGCAGGAGAGCAGGUUCCUGAGGAGGAACUAAUCACUGCAGAUUUAUCGCACCUCCACGCCUUGGAUGGCCGAGGGAGCUCCAAGCCGUUUAUUGUUCAGGGAACGUUGGGGGAUACUACGGUCCGGGUAUUGAUAGACACAGGGGCGACACUAGAUUUCCUCCACCCACGAAUUGCGGAGAUGCUUCAAUUGGACCUGACUCCGAUCAGACCGUUCAGGGUGCUAGUGGGCAACGGCGCAUCCCUGCUGUGUACCCAUAUCUCGCGGGGCACGAAGCUCGCUAUGCAGGGUAGUGUAUUUGUAGUAGAUCUUCACAUUCUCGCUCACCAUGGACCGGAUGUGAUAUUGGGGAUGCAAUGGUUGGAAUCCCUAGGGAAGGUGCCGGCUGAUUUUGUCCGGAAAACGUUGGAAUUUACUCAAGGGGGGCGGACAGUGUUCUUGCAGGGCUUGAUGCCGAGCCCGAAACCGAUUUCGCUUCACUCGUUGUACGCAUUAACGUCACAGCCGGCCGACCACGAGUUCUAUGAAAUCGUGGCGAUUGACACCUCAUCCGAGCCAGUGUGCGCCGAGGGUCCGGAGGAUUUUCCGGGGAACCUGCCAGCCGAGGUGCUGGAGGUACUGACAGCGCACCGGGCGGUGUUUGAGCAACCCCGAGGCGUCCCACCGGCCCGAUCGUUCGAUCACCGGAUUCAUCUUUUACCAGGGACGCAGCCAAUCAACGUUCGACCCUAUAGGUACCCCUAUUUCCAAAAAACGGAAAUUGAGAAGCAGGUGCGUGAUAUGUUGGAACAGGGCAUUAUUCGACAUAGUCACAGUCCUUUCUCGUCCCCGGUAUUGUUGAUCCGCAAAAAGGACGGCACGUUUCGUUUCUGCAUCGAUUAUCGUGCCAUCAAUAAGGCAACCGUUCCGGAUCAUUUCCCCAUACCUACGGCGGAGGAAUUGUUUGACGAGUUGGGCAGUGCGAAGUAUUUUACAAAGUUAGAUCUUCGCUCGGGAUAUCAUCAAAUUCGGAUGAGUGAGGAUGACAUCUUUAAGACGGCCUUCAGGACUCAUGACGGCCAUUUCGAGUUUCUCGUGAUGCCUUUUGGCCUUACAAACGCUCCCUCCACUUUUCAGGCGGCUAUGAACUCUAUCUUUCAGCCGCUACUCCGGAAGUGUGUUAUUGUCUUCUUCGAUGACAUACUGAUUUACAGCCCGUCCCUCGAACUACAUGCCCGGCAUUUGGAGGCAGUGCUGCGGUUACUUCACGAGAAUAAUUUUUUCGUCAAGCUUUCCAAAUGCUCGUUUUGUAGUGUGUCCGUGGAGUAUUUGGGACACAUCAUUGACGACGGCAAACUCAAGGCCGACCCAGCGAAACUAGAAGCCAUGUCAUCAUGGCCCACACCGAGAACAGUGAAGCAGCUACGGGGUUUCUUGGGUCUGACAGGCUAUUAUCGCCGUUUCAUCGCUCAGUAUGCAACGAUAGCCGCCCCGUUGACGGAUUUGUUAAAAAAGAGGCUUUUCGGUGGUCCACCGAGGCCGAGACCGCCUUCGCAGCUCUGA